AUGGCCAGAAGCCUUCCCGAGGCUGUGUGGAUCACGUUCCCUGUGUAUGUGCAGACCUGGGAACGUACAUCCCCAGACUGCAUCAUUGGGAAUGAAUACGAAGAUUCCUAUGCAAGAGGCACCUUCCUCGAGAACAUCAGCGCACAGCGACUGAGUCCGGACCUGUUGAUGCUGGGGCCUGCAGAGCCUUCCUCCAUCCCUGUCCCCAGCAGUGCCUACGGGCCCCCCGACUUUCCUAGGAGCUUCUUUCCUCUAACCAGAAGCCCCCCCAAUCCAGCCGUCUAUUCCUCCCCCAACCUCCAAGGAACCCUGCCCCUGUCCACCUGUGAGGCCUGGGAUUGUGCGCCAUGCAGGGUGGUUCUGAGACGGUGUGAUAGCCCGUGUACCAGGCACAGCGACAGUCCGGCAGGGCGAAAGUCCGGCAGAGCGAAAGCCGCUCCACAGUGCUACCUGUGCAAUGCCGGUGGUCAGACGAUGACUAGGCAGCACAAGCCCCAAAGGCGCCCGAAGGUCAGCAAGCGUGCAGGUGCCCAGUGCACCAACUGCCAGACAACCAUCACGGCAGUGUGGCGGCUGAAUGCUAAUAGAGACCCCGUGUGCAAUGCCUGCGGCAUUUAUUACAAGCGACACCAGGUGAACCGACCACGGACCGUGCAGAAGGGUGGUAUAAAGUCUAGAAAACCCAGGCCAUCACAGAAAGAAAAGAAGCCAGUGUCGAGCCUGGGAGGCACAGGACCGGCUGAUGCUCCGGCUGGGGGCUUCAUGGUGGUGGCUGGGGGCAGCGAUGGUGGGAAUUGUGGGGAAGUGCCCUCAGGCUGGAGAUUGGGCCCACCUGAUACUGCCCAUCUCUACCAAGGCCCGGGCCCCGAGGUGCUGUCAGGGCCUGUCAGCCACCUCAUGCCUUUCCCCGGGCCCCUGUUGGGUUCAACCACAGGCUCCUUCCCCACAGGCCCCAUGCCUCCCGCCACCACCAGCACUGUGGAGGCGCCACUCAGCUCAUGAGGACACAGAGUAUGGCCUCAAAGCAGGGGUAGGGUCCCUCUCCGCGUGGAGCCAGCAGUCUCUCUACAACCCAACCCUCUGGGCCCCCCAUAGUCCUUGGUCUGGACUGUCAAUGAUUUGUAAAAUAAAGCACCAAAGUCCUGAA